UUUAAAUACAUUUACUCAGGUGUGUAGGACUUUCAUUGCUCCUAUUCGUGCGGUGUACUUUUGAAGACAGUUUUAAGCGUAUUUAUUUGUGAACUCAUAUAUUUGGCAAACUGAUUUAUUUUCUUCAAUAUAUUUUAAAACAGGGAUAUUUAUCAAAGAUUAAAAAGGUCCAUUGCCGUUUCUUAAGACAAGACAAUGUCUGCAGACGUACAACUGAAAACCAUUAAACGGUUGGACUCGGAGAGCGGAUCACCCGAGAAGCCACCAGCUUACGCCGACAUUGCCGACGGGGGGCAAACCAACAGAAGCUAUGUUCCUGACAGCAGCCAAGAAGACAUUCAUGUUCAGCCGAUGCCUUCGGUUGCCAUCGAGACAAUAACUAUCGAGCCAGACGGAGAAGCAAACGUACCAAAUGGGGAUGGAGUCAGGCAUAGAGGCCAUGGUGAUGAGGCAAUGAAGAUCGCGUUUGACGUCGAUCAAUAUGAAGAGAGCAGUGAUGAGGAAGAGGAAUACGGAAACAAGGUUCUUAAGGUCGUUGGAACAGCCCAGUCUACUAUUUGGGUCUACUACGAGCAGUACAAGUCACCAUUUUGGAUGAUCGUCGCUCUUAUUCUAGGACUGCUGUACAUUGCAUACUUCCUGUAUGCAAUGAUUAAGUAUUUUGAUGCCGAUGACGAAGGAGAUGUUCGAUUAUUAUGGUUCACCCUCCUGGUUGCCGGGUUCAUCUCUUGUUAUAUAAUUUUGGGCAAAGUUGGUGACAAGUUAUGGGAAGGCUUCAAAACCAACGUGUUGAAAAAGAUUCCACGCAGAGAGUUGGUGUCCACGAUCAUAUACUGGGUGCUGGUGAUAGGUACUGCGCUAUUUGUGGUUAUUUACGUCAUUACGGACGUUGCCAUAAAUAAUCGUCCGGACAACCUGAGGUCCGCUUUUGGAAUGGUUGUGUUCGUCCUUCUCUUCUGGGUAUUCUCCUAUAAGCCAGCGAGGGUUCAAUUUCGGCCAGUAUUUUGGGGCCUGGCUAUUCAGUUCUACUUUGCCCUGCUGAUUCUACGGACCAAAUGGGGUUAUGCGACCUUCCAAUGGCUCGGAGACAGGAUCAAGGAAUUCCUCGAACAUACUGAUGCGGGCUCAAAGUUUGUCUUCGGAGACGCAUACACCAUGCACUACUUCGCCUUUAAGGUGCUUACAGUGAUAAUAUUCUUCAGCUCCAUCAUUUCAAUGUUGUACUAUCUUGGGGCAAUGCAGUUUCUUAUCAGAAACAUCGCUCGAUUCCUUGCGUUCUGCCUCGGUACUUCUCCCACGGAGAGCCUCAAUGCGGCGGGAAACAUUUUUAUUGGACAAAGUGAAUCGCCCCUGCUGAUUCGCCCAUUCAUAAAAGAGAUGACAAGGUCGGAGCUACAUGCAGUAUGUACCGGAGGAUUUGCUACAAUUGCUGGGUCUGUGAUGGCAGCCUACAUAGAGAUGGGGGUACCGCCAAACCACUUGUUAUCAGCUUCGGUUAUGAGCGCUCCAGCAGCUCUGGCCAUGGCGAAGUUGUUUUGGCCGGAAACGAAGAAGUCGACGGCAAGGGCGAAAGAUGUGUAUAACAUGCAAAAAGGCAAAGAACAUAACAUCAUCGAGGCAGCCAGUAACGGUGCAUCUAUUUCCAUCAAACUUAUUGCCAACAUAGCUGUCAAUCUUAUCGCUUUCAUUGCCAUCCUAGACUUCAUAAACGCCACCCUCAUCUGGUUCGGUCACAGAGUUGAUAUGUAUCAGCCUGAACUCACAUUUUCUUUAGUUUGCUCGUACCUAUUCUAUCCUUUACCAUGGAUCAUGGGGUGCUCAAGGAUUGACGUGUUCCGAGUAGCCAGUUUGAUAGGCACAAAAACCUUCCUCAACGAGUUCGUGGCUUACGCAGAACUGAGUGUCUUUAUUUCAAACAAGAAUAUUUUUGACGAGUACAUGGCGCUGAGUAAUGGCACUGGUACCAUUCAAGAAAUCGCUGAUUCAGACGACAUUUUACUGGGAAACGGGACCCUCCUUGCUAGGGGAAUGUUAACUGAACGCUCAACAGUCAUAGCGACAUACGCGCUUUGUGGAUUUUCUAACCUUGCCUCGAUGGGUAUCAUGAUUGGAGCAUUGGGGGCUAUGGCUCCAUCCAGAAAGGCAGAUAUCACCAAGGUGGUGGUUAGGGCUAUGAUUGCUGGAAAUGUGGCCUGCUUCAUGACGGCUUGUAUUGCAGGUCUUCUGUACGAGGGAAUUUAAACAAAAAACACACACCUCCUUCAAGGAAUCCGACCCACUAAUUAGCUAAUUUUGUGAUAACUUCAUUAACUACAAUUAUAUUUUAUAAAACAUUAGUUUUAAAUGUCGAUGCCUACUGAAUCCAUAUUAUUUGGUUAUCAUUUGGAAGGUUUCUGCUUGCUCAUUACUAAUAUGUUAAAUAAGUUAACCAUACAAAUAGUUGAACAAUAGAUUGUUUAUUUGCUUUUUAUUUUAACAAAAAUCUGACGUAACAUUUAUCUAUAUUGCAAUCUUUGAAGGCCGAUAUUUUUUAUUUGUUAUUGUGUUUGUUAUUGUAUUCUUUUUUAUCAAUAGUUUUUCACCUAAAUAUUAACUUUUUUCUGCACAAAACACCCUUUCAAAUGAUGCAAACUUUUUAUGGGUUCACCAGGCAUCCAGGAUUCAGAUGUGUGGAUCAAAUACUGCGAUAACCAACCAGGAAGGUGUCUCUACUUUAUAGGGCUAAGAACCUAUCCUAGUAAGAAACUCAUAUGAACAAUUCAAACAAGGAUGACAAAAUGAAUAUUCUGCCUGUGAAGAAAUGACACAUAAACGCCAGGCCACGUCCAACUCGAGCUGCUCACGAUUUAUCUCAAACUUAAAUUAUAUUAAAAUAUGUACUGACGGGACAUUGCUCCUGAGCAACCAUGAAGCUAAAAUGAUGAUAUAGUGUAUACAAUGUAUAUAUGAUAAUAACAUAUCAAGUAAGGCUUUAAUACCUGUUUUUUUUAUCAAAUUAAGAAACGCUUUAUAACUCUGUCCAAGAUUAUCUGAAUUUCAUUGCUCACAAUUUCAUAUUACAUUUUACCUAACCUUUUUAUGCGAUGCAUUUUUUUUAAAUUUUAACGCAUAUGGUUUUAUUACAUUUAUAAUUGAACAUAUAUGUACAUAGUUAAGUUUAUAUUUUAUUCUUUACAUAGGUUUAUAUUUUGCAUGAAUGUUGAAACUUUAGCCGGUAUAACUUUAAAAUUUUAGAAUCCACAUGUUUAAAAACACAAUAAUGUGAUAGGUUGAUGCACGGUGGCCCUGUUUUAUUUAGGUAUGAUUUAAACAGUGUAAUAAGUAGAUGAAUUAUACCCUCUAGAAUACUGCAAACCCCCUGUUUUGACCUCGAAAAAGUGAAAACUCGGCCAUUUUGCUUCCAAUUUCAUUUCAAAUAAAAACAAACUACGUAGUGCUGUAACGUUAUUGUAAUGUAGUGUCGGUUAUUCAUAGUAGUAAUAAGUAAGCAAUACUCGUUCAAAUGAUACCAAAAUAAUACAUUGAGUUCACCGCGCAUCAACAUUUAACACUAUGGCAAAUGCUCAUUGAAAUGACAAUAUCAUUUGAAUAGCGGAUAUCUUCCCUUAGUCCCUUAUAACAGAAUCGAGCUAAGCUCUCUACUGUUGUUUUCGUAGUAAUUGUUUUUUGUUUUCUUUUGAGUUUGAGCCAUUUUAGAAAAUAAUGUUUUAUCUUACUUUUUAACCUUGAAAACAUCUAGUGGGACUUAACUAACAAGUCCGGCUUAAAUACAUGUAAAAACUAUGAUAAAAAUAUAAAACUAAAUUCCAGCUAUUUUCGCACGUGGUGUUAAAGAUCAUAUCUGCUCCUCAAUGGAGACCACCGCGUAUGAGGUGGCUAUGUCAAUGCUAAUAACAAAACUUAAACCUCUAAAUCACGAUGAAGAUGUUCUUCCUAAUCGAGUCUUUCUUUGUUUAUACAAUUCAAGGUUACCUCAUAGGUUUCUUUAUCAGUCAUGGAAAUUGCACUAGCAUUAAACGGUUUUAUCCCCCCUUGAACAGAUACUUCAGCCCUAUGGCUUACCAAUGUGUUCGCUAGAAAAAAAUGUUGUCUAUAUAUUUGAACACGCAUUUAUUUUUACACGCAUAAUGAUAUACAUGGAUUAUAUUAAUUUUUGUAAUGUACAUCAAUUGUUUGUGUACUGUAUGGUUCAUUAUUUACAUAUAAAAUGUAUUUUUAUA